ACUGGGAAGAAAGUAUUUGAAGAGGACUUUUGGCUUCCUUCUAACCCAGAGAAGAAGAAGUCUCAGAGAAGAAGAAGCCUCAAGUCAACGAAGCAGCUGAGUGGAGAGAAGUUUCAAGCUAGACAAAGCCACAUUUUCAGUUGUCCAUCAUCUUCCAUUUUUUAUCAAGCAACAUAAGUUCUUAGUUAAAUCUUAGCAUUACUAAUAAUUUCCCAUGUCAUUUUAAUAGUCAUUACGUUUUUAAGAUAAAACAUUUUUUAAAUUAAUGUUUGAAAGCAGAUGAUAUGGUUAACUCCCGAACACGAGAAUGGUGCAAACAAGGAGCAACGUCCCCACCACCAGCCACGUCGGCGACGAGGAGAUCGCUCCGAGAAGCGGCAACGGCACGGGUGGCAUCGCUUCGACUCCAGACGUGGUCCAGGCGCUGUUCGGAUUGGGGGUGACCACAGAGCAGCUCCAGGCGGCCGUUGCGGCACUUUCCGCCAUGGGUGGGAACGUGCCUGGCGCCGGGGCUGGCAAAGCUCCGCUCGGUCACCACACCGAGCACGCUGCCACUUCCCAGCACAAGGGGAAGAAGACUCGGAGGAGCAGGAGGAGGCCUGGAAAGGGCCCGAUGAUCGAGGAGGUGUUGGUGGAGGACGUCCUAGAAGGGGAGGACGAUGAGUCCAGUGAGUGUAGAGUCUCGGCCUUCAAACGCUUAGGAGGCGAGGAGACCCGAGUGGUGUCGGAUGUGCGCUCGGCGAGACUUGAGCGGACCGAGGGCCAAAGGGACGAGCGGACUCAGCAUCGCCAGAGCCCAACCAGAACCGAGAAGACAAAGGUCCCUGAACGGGAUAUGGCUGAGCUUGCGCGCAAGAUUGCCGAGCUCAAACACCGAGUAGAGAUGAGGUCCCCCUACAGUCAGCCCAUCUUGCGCACGGUAACCCCGUUCACUCCGAGGGUCAUGUCAGUUCCACUACCGGAAAACUUCCGUCCGUGGCAGAUCAAGGCUUACAGCGGAACGACGGACCCCCAAGAUCAUUUAUCUAAGUUCUACGCUUCUAUGGAAGCGGCGGCAGCCCCGGACGAGGUCAAGUGCCGAUGCUUUCUCGCGACGCUGGAGGGCUCUGCGUGCAAUUGGUUCAAUCGGCUCCCGAAGGGAACCAUUGACGAUUGGGAUACGCUGGCGGAGAAGUUCUUGACGCAUUUCGCGGCCAACCGAAGGCAAAGGCUACCUUACUCCCACCUGCUCAACAUAUGCAUCCGCAAGGGAGAAAAGGUCCGCGACUUCAUAGUCUGGUGGGAGAAGGAAGCCAGAGACAUGCACGGGGCGGAUGACCAAGCGUUGGUUGCCAUGUUCCAAGCAGCCCUUCCCCGCGGAGAGGUGAGGAAGGAGCUCUGCAAGAAUCCUCCCCCCACGUACCAAGAGACCUUGGCGCGCGCAAAGUUCUUAGCCUCGGAGGAGUUCGACGACGCCCCAGACUCCGAGGCCGCGCCGGCCAACGGAGCCAAAGGAAACAUUGGCGGGGACUCCGUCGCUCAAAGGAAAAGGUGGAAGUACAUGGCCUUUGUCGCCAAGAUCAAUCAGGCGCCGGCGCCCAAGCUCAAAAGACGAGAGCAGAUCCAAUUCACGGAGAAGGAUCUUCUGAACACACCGAGUCCCCACCGGGACGCCUUAGUCGUGAAGAUAGAGAUCAACAACGCCAUAGUACACCACACCUUGGUGGACACGGGAAGCUCAGUCAACAUAAUGUAUGAGAAAACAUUCCAAGACCUCGGUUUGAACCGCAAGGACUUAAGGCCUGUGCGCACUCCUCUCUCCGGAUUCACGGGGGACUCCAUCGAGGCCGAGGGAGUUAUCGCCGUGCCCGUGAUAGUAGGGGAUGGUGCGCACAAGGCCAAGCUGAAGAUGGAGUUUAUGGUUGUGAGCAUCAACUGCGCGCACAACAUGAUCCUGGGACGGCCCGGCCUUGAGGACUUGGAAUGUGUGAUCUCCCCGUACUACUUGUGCAUGAAGUUCCCCACUCCGUCCGGGACCGGGGUGGCGAGGGGAGACCAGAAGUUAGCUCGAUCGUGCUACGUCCGAAUCACAAAGAAGUUGCCAAGGGAUGAGACGCUGGUCGUGCACGCGCAGGAGGAAAUGCGCAAGCUGGAAGCCGAGCCCACCGAGGAAGUCGAGGAAGUGCCGCUCGACCCGCAGAUACCCGAGCGGAAGGUUAAGGUCGGGGCGAGCCUGACAACGAGCCAGCGGAGGCGCUUGGUGGACGUGUUCGCCGCCUACCGCGUGAUCUUCGCGUGGGGACCUGGGGAUAUGCCGGGGGUGGACCCCAAGAUCAUAUGCCACCGGUUGGCAGUCAACCCGGAGUCUAGGCCGGUGAAGCAGAAGAAGCGUUUCCUCUCGUCCGAGCGGAGAGAGUUUGUCUCCAAGGAAGUGACCACCCUCCAGAGCAUUGGGCAUAUCAGAGAAGUUAAGCACCCGGAAUGGAUGGCGAACGUAUUCGGUGGCCGAAUAAACAGUGCUGGCCAUGUUUUCAACCGUGCAGCGGUUGACGCCCUACUUCCAAGCUCACCCGGUCCAGGUCUCUCCCAGCAGCCCAUGGGUGCGUUGCUCAGGAGUCCGAACGCGCCCUCUCGCAUGUCCAAGUGGGCGGUGUUCCUUGGAGCCUUCCAGAUCGAGUUCAAGCCAAGGCCAGCAAUCAAAGGCCAAGCGCUGUCCGACUUCGUGGUAGAAUGCACCGCUCGAGAAGAUCCGAGCCCGGAACUCGAAGCCGACGAUUGGUGGACAGUUUUCACCGACGGCUCCUCCGCUGCCAAAAACUCGGGGGGUAGAGUGGUAGUCAUUGCUCCCGAAGGCUUCAGAGCAUAUUACUCAGUCCAAUUCGGCUUCAAGGCAUCAAAUAAUGAAGCUCUCUUGUGCGGGUUACGUCUGGCAGCCGGGAUGAACGCGACAAAACUAAGGAUAAAGUGUGAUUCGAAGUUGGAGGACGAAAGAAUGAAGAAAUACAGAGAUACGGCUCUAGAACUACUUAAAAGCUUCACCGCGUAUAGUGUCGAGCAGAUCCCUCGGGCGGAGAAUGUGGAAGAGCUGUCCGAGCCGAGCAUCCAUGCCUUCCCCGUGGCAAUGAUCUGUGCUCAGCCCAGAGAUUGGACAGACGACAUAGUCGCCUUCCUGAAGGAUGGCACCCUCCUAGACGAGUCGAUGAAGGCCAAGUUGGUCCGGACAAGGGCACCGGGGUAUACCUUGGAAGGCGAGAAGCUAUACAAGCGAGCAUACAACGGGCCGCUACUCAAGUGCCUCCGACCGGCCGAAGCGAAACAAGUCAUGGAGGAGGUGCACGCCGGAAUCUGCUCCGCCCACCAAGGAGCAUACGCGGUGUCAAGGAAGAUAACCCUUCAAGGAUAUUUUUGGCCAACAAUUGUUAAGGAUUACGCGGAGUUCGUAAAGAAGUGUAAAGUGUGCCAAGAGUUCCAGAAGGUACCGGGGAGGCCUUCAACCAACUACACCCCCAUCAGCACAGCCAUCUUGUUCGCGCGAUGGGGGUUGGAUCUCGUGGGUGCACUCCCUAGGGGCACCGGGAACGUGAGGUACGUCAUCGUAGCCAUUGACUAUUUCACUAAGUGGGUGGAAGCAGCCCCAUUGGCAAGCAUCACCGGAGCUCAAUGCCAGAAGUUUCUCGCAAAGCAGGUCGAGAACGCCAACCGAACGAUAGUCCACGGGCUGAAGCGGAAAUUGGAGGCCUGCGGAGGAGAGUGGGCAGAGGAGUUGCCUUACAUCCUAUGGACCUACCGGACCACGCCUAGAAGGGCAACCGGGGAAACCCCCUUCGCCUUGUGCUACGGAUUCGAGGCGAGGGCUCCUGCAGAGAUCUCCAUCGCAACCCACCGGGAGAAGAUCUUCGACCCCGAGCGUAACGAAGAAGCCCUGGCAGCCGAGCUCCAUCUCGUACACGAGAGGCGAGAAGCGGCCUUCAUACGGGCAGAGAAUUACCGAAGGAAGGUAAAGAGCUACCAUGACGGGCGUGUGCGCGCACGGGGGUUCAUCGAAGGAGAGUGGGUGCUGCGCAAGAGGCCCGUAAGCCGCCCCCUAGAAGGUGGAAAAUUUGCCAAGAAUUACGAAGGCCUCUACAUCAUCAAAGAAGUGGUAGGCCCCUCAACGUUCCGCCUGGAGACGCCGAGUGGAGGGGAUGUGCCCAGGACUUAGAAUGCCGAGAACUUGGUUAAGUUUUAUCAAUAGAUUUCGAAUGUACACGGGCCCGAGAAAGGGAACCCGCAACACCAUGAUUGAAUUCAAUGAAAUGGAAUUUUUUGCAAACAAGGUCCAACAGGCGUGCUCGGCACUCUCCCUCAGGGGAAGAGCCGAGCGCAGACCAUGUGCGAAUGCUCUUCCCGGAUAAAGGUCUAACCUUCAU